AUGGAGCUCCAACGCAAAGAAUACCCAGCAUUGCUGACAUCGCUCUCUCCCGCGCAAGCCGUGGCGGUACUCGACAGUCGCAUCAAGCAUGUAGGCCAAUUGAACACGCACAUUGCCGACUGGCUGCAGGAACGCCGUCGCGUGGAAGAGCAGUAUGUCCAAGGCCUGCGCAAGCUCGCAAACAGACACCCUCCCGACGAAUCGUCAGACCUCGGCAUCUUUGCGACCCCAUGGGAGAAGAUCGUCAUCGCGACCGAGAAUGUCGCCCACUCCCACGCCCACCUCGCCGCCAAGAUCGAGGCUGACGUCGAGCGACCCCUCCGCGACUUCACCAGCACCAACCGCGAAAUCCAGGCCAUGGCCAACAUCCAGGGCAACCUCGCCGCCAUCGCCAAGGACAUUGACUCGGCCCAGAAGAAGCAGGCUAAACUUCGUGAUAAGGGAUCAAAGGCCAAAGCGUCUGCCGUUGCCGACGCCGUGCAGGACAUUGAAAAGGCCGAGUUGCAGUGGGACUCGCAGGCGCCCUACGUUUUCGAGCAGCUACAGGCCAUUGACGAAACCCGGCUGAACCACCUCCGCGAUGUUCUUACCCAGUUCCAGACGCACGAGGUGGACCAGGUCGAGCGCAGCAGGUCUUCGGCUGAGGAGACGCUGAACGCCAUGCUCAAUAUUGAAACUGCAGACGAGAUUCAAAUGUGGGCGCUGAGGAUGCGCAGUGGCGAUGCCCGUCCCCCUUCGCGGAAACCGAGUAAUACUCCAACGCCAGCAAGGAGCUUGGCACCACCUGCCUUGCCAUCCUCCCCUACUGGAGCAGACGACAAUAGGAGCCAGAAGAGCGCCUCAGCGCAGGACAAACAAAGCUCAAACCCUCUGAAGCGAAUCGGUACAGUUCUGGGCCGACGGAGACAGAGCACGCACCCAUACGGACGCGCGGCAUCACCAGACCGGAAAUCAUCAGCAAACAUUGGUUCGGCUUUUAGUGGCUUUGGCAAGGGGAAAUCCAAAGACCGCGACAACCAGAUCCCUACUUUGCCCCCAAUGGCCGAACGUCCAACAUCACCGUUAAGGAAUUCUCAGCGACCCAGCACUUCCCAAGAAUCGGACACUCCGAACCUCACCCAACAAACCAGUUCCGAACCCGCUCCCAACGGCACCGUUCCCAAGUCAUCUGAGGCGGAGAAGGAAGCAGAAGCCCCUAAUGCUGUCAAUGGAACGUCAUCUGUACAAGAGCCGAUACCAGAGCUCAAUGAGCCUGCACCAGCACCCGCCACCACGGAAACACAUACAGAACCAGGGAAAGACGCCGAAGGUUACUCUGUACCACCAUCCGCUCUUGACGCCAUCACGGAGGCAGAAAGGGAGGCUGGAUUUGUGCAAAGCGAAGGAAACCCACCUCCUCAAUUCAAGCUCGAUAUUAGAAACGCCCCAAUCCAAGAAGAGGAUGGCGAUGCUGAUGCGGCUACCGCGAACCUCGUCAACACGCUGCGUGCACAAGCCGCACAACCCAAGCGAUCCAGCACACUGCGAGGGCGACGAGAUGUCCGUAACACGAUUUUUGUUCCUAGUCCGGCAACACCAGAACUUCAAAGCAUAGGUGAAGUGCCGCCACUUUCAGGCGGUGAUUCCGCCCCAGCUUCCGGGCCUACCUCUGCAACCUUUGCUCCUCCUCUUCCACCACAGCCUUCGUCUCCAGCAUUCAAACCUCCGCAUCGGUCGUUGUUGUCGGAUGACCAUGCCCACUCAGAUACGCAGUCCAUUCGAUCGGGCCGAUCGCUAAGUAGCUCCGCUAGCACCACGGUAAAGCAUCCGGACCUGCAUGAACCGGGGCUCAAUGCGUCACUAGUGGAGACUGUCAGCGCUUGGUUUGAGCAGGGUAAUGUCACCAAGGCAAUGGUAAUCGGGCAGGUUGCACUUGCAUACAAUCCUAUUGAUAUUUCGGCUGGUCCCUUUGGCACAGAGAGUAUACGACUAGAUAACUUUUCUGUACUUGAAAAGGUAGCGCCCAACCCUGCCUUUAUAGAGCAGGCACCAGAUAACCCAGGCAACUACACUGUGGACUUGUCAAAGAUUACAAAGACUUCCGUAGCCUUCCACUACCAACUCCACAUCGAAGACAGCAAUAUUGCCUCUCUUCCUCCCAUCAUCCUCACCCCCAUCUGGAAACCAGAACCCACGCAAAUGUCCGUCCUCCUCAACUACUCGCUCAAUCCCAAAUUCGAGCUCGGCUCUGCAACAAGCAUCACAGUCCGCAACCUCGUCCUUGUCAUCCGCCUCGAGCCCGGCUCAAAAACCACGGCUUGUCAAUCCAAACCCACAGGUACCUUCUCCCGCGAAAAAGCCCUCAUCUACUGGCGCCUUGGCGACGUCACCCUCUCCAAAGACGCAGCCGCACAAGCCGUCCGCGCCCGCUUCUUCACCGACGGCCAGGCCAACCCGGGAAACACCGAGGCCCGCUGGGAAAUCAGCGACGAGCAAUGUCUGGCCAUGGGCAGCGGUCUCAAUGUCAGCAUGAGUCAGAGCGUUUCGCCUAAGAAGGAUGAUGUCGAGGAUGACCCGUUUGCGGAUGCCGAUGAGAGCGAGAAUGUGCCGGCUAGUCCGGUUGUCGAGUGGAAACCUGUCACUGCGGUUAAGAAGAUUAUGAGUGGGACUUAUUUGGGGGUUUGA